UGUGCCUUUUCGUUUCCUUCAAUUGAGUGGCACCACAGAUGUUGUCGCUAAGGUUUUGGUUCUCUUCUUUUGAAACUCACAACUCUCUUUCAUGUUCUUCGCGGUGCCUCUUGUUUCUGACACCUUCUCUGAGCAAUAGCUCCAGAAACAGAAAUCUCGGUUGCUUUUCUGUGAAUCCCAUUAAGCAAAAUGGUGUUUUUUCUGUGUCCAGUAACCGCUUUCAAUCUUCUUCUUCUUCUUCUUCCAUUCCCAAAGAUUCUCCAUUUUCAGGAUUGGAGGAUGCUUUUGUCAGCUACCUGUUUGGGAAGAAGAGGGCAACGGACGUUGCUCACAUGGUAUGGAAACAGGUUGUCCAGAAAGGAGACACAGUUAUUGAUGCCACAUGUGGCAAUGGUUUUGACACCUUAGCAAUGCUCAAUUUGGUUGCUGAUGAUUCUCAUAAUGGCUAUGUGUAUGCAUUGGACAUUCAGAAAGAUGCUUUAAAUAAUACUUCCUUGUUGCUGGAAGAAUCAAUUAAUGCCGACAAGAAACAACUUGUCAAGCUCUUCAAUACGUGCCAUAGUAAAAUGGAGGAAAUCGUUCCAAGGAAUGCCUUAGUUAGACUUGUUGCUUUCAACUUAGGUUAUCUUCCAGGCAGUGACAAAGAAAUAAUAACAAGAUCGGAAACAACAUUACUCGCACUGGAAGCUGCUGAGAGAAUUCUAUUACCCAGAGGACUUAUUAGCAUUGUGGUAUACGUUGGGCACCCCGGUGGACGGGAAGAAUUGGAGGCUGUUGAAACUUUUGCUGCUAGAUUGUCUGUUGAGACUUGGAUCUGCUGCAAGCUACAGAUGUUAAACCGGCCCUCUGCUCCCAUACCAAUUUUCUUAUUCCGAAGAUAAUGUAAAUACCUAUGAUUUUUAUUGGGUGUCUAAAUCACUCCAAAUAAAUAUGGGCUAAAAUAAAAUCACUCUAGGCUUAUGUUGCCCAAUAAUAUGUUGACACAUGUUAUGAGCUGAAAUUUCCUAAUACACGUGUCAAAAUAUUAUUUGGUUACCAAAGACUAGAAUGAUUUUACUCCAUUGUACUUAGGGUGAUUUAGGCAAGUCUUUUUUUUUUAUAAAUAUAUUAAUUAACAUUCCUUAUCUUUAUAAAAUAAUAAGGAACCUGUUUUGCAAUUUAUAAAACCUUAAAUAGACGUGAAAACCAGCAAUACACUCAACUAUUUGGGGGUAUACCCUGUGCCACAUUGACUGACCAUAUUAGAAAUUACAUACUAGAAAGCCAUGGUCUUGAUUCUCUUGAAGCACAAUUCUAACUUUAUUUCACUUUAUUGGACUUCAAGUUCAAAGGACAAACACAUGAGGUUCUUACAAAAUGGCAGUGCUUCAUCCUUUAUUAAUUAAUGUUGGCCUUGCUUCCUGUUUCUAUAACCGCAUGAUAGUGAUACGGUUGUUUGUUAUUUUAUUUGUUCAAUGAAUUAUGUGAAUAUGAUAUC